GACAUCCUCGUGCUUCUUAAAGCACUUGCCUUAACGAUGAGCAACGGCAUCCAACGGUGCCCGAGGGACUCGCGCUGCCCGUUAAGCAGCUUUGCGGUGGCGGAGGCUGGGCUGCCGUCUCUCCGACAUCCCGGGACAGAGGAAGAGAUGAAGGCUCUGCAGCCCCCGCCGCCCGAUUUACGCUUGAGAAAGCGAAGGCGAGAGAGGUCGUCCAGCCCCUGGGGGCCCAGCCCUAGAGAGCGGGGCGCGGGCUGCGGGGCCCGGCGGCCUGGACGGCGGAGCGUUGAAAGCUCCCCCAGGGAUAGGAAGUGCAGCCGAAAUCAACGACUGAGGGUCUGAGCACCUCCCUCAUGACCUCCCUCAUGCAGACAGAGCCCUGGCUCCCAUGUUCACCACGCUGAGAAAGACCUGCGGGGGACAGCAGGAGGACAGCCGGGGAAUGGGCCCGCACUUGCCCAGAGGCAGAGCUCGUGCAUGCCCGACCUCGCUCCUCACGGCUCCCUGGGCAGCAGCGCCCUGGCAGUUGGAACUGGAAGGCUUAUCAGAGUCCACGCAGCCCCACCGCCCUCCCCACUCUCGGGGGGGGGGCAUCGGGGGACAGGGCCAGGGCAGGGAGGAAGACAGGGCCCGGCUCACCCCACAGCUCAGCCCAUGAGGGUGCGCAGAGCAGGGCUGGCAGGAGUGGGCCACUCCACACCCAGUCCUGUUGAAGAGAAAGAACAGAAAUAGGGAACAGAAAGUUGUCGAUUGCUGUGUAACAAAUCGCCCGCAGUUUAGCGCCUUCAAACAAACGUAACUCCACAGUGUCUGUGGGUCAGACAUCCAGGCCCGGUGAAGGGGCCUCUGCCUCAAGGUCCCUCCCGAGGCCUCAGUCAGGGCCCGGCCGGACUGUGAGUGGAUUGCACGCUCCGUGCGGGGAGGCUCGGCUUCUCUGCUGGCCCCGCGCCUGUGGGCGGGAUUCAGUUCCUCAUGGGCUAUUAGAGUGAGGGCCUCGAUCUUUUCUGCUGUUUGGCUGGAGGCCUCGCUCAGUUCUCUGCUGCACGGACCUUUCCUUGGCACAGCUCCCACAUAGCUGAGCAAGCCGCGAAGGCGGGCUCCUGCAGCCGAAGGGAAUUCUCCCCUCUUUCUGCUGUGUUCUGUUUGUGUAGGUUCAGCCCCGGGGAGGAGGUUCCACAGGACAGACAGACCAGGAGUUGGGGGAGUUGGGGGCGUUGAGGGCCAUCUCACAGGCUGCCCACCACAGCCCCCACGCAGCCACCUGUCUCUGUGUUCUUGCCACUGUCCCUACCCUCCAGGAGUGGGUCUGGUCUCAUCAGGGAGGGCAGCGCUCUCUUCACUCUGUCCUUACUCUGGUGUUUCACUGUGAUUUUAAAAACUGAAACUGCAAUUGUUACCCCUUGACAUAGCUGCACCCUGAGAGGGCCUCUGCGACGCCCCUCCUUCUCUUAAGCCUUUCCAAGCUGUCUGACGAUUUUUAAAUCCCAUUUCCUGAGUGACACAGAGCAUCUUUUCUUAAGCUUAUGAGUGACUUAUUUGUGUUUUCCUCAAAGCUAGAGGGGACCCCCAAUCUGUUUGUUUCCAGAGGCCCUGAUGGUAUCGUCUUGGGAGUGGAGGAACCUGAGGGAAAAGCCCAGGGGCGAGUCAGGGGAGAGCUCUGCCCUGGUGCCCUUGCACGUAUCCACAUGGGCCACAGCUGCACCCGGCUCUCAGCAGAGGGCAUCGCCAUGCUCCUGGGCACAGCCGGGCCCUCUCGCCUCCCUGCAGCUCCUGAUGCCUACCAGGCUCCGCUGAGGUCACCUUGGGCACUUAGCGUGGCUGCAGCUCUUUGCAGCCCCGUGUCCUGUCAUCCAUGUGGCCGUCAUGUGGUCACUUUUGGGCAUUGCCCUGCGCAAGGUCCAUGGGGACUGGGCACCUUUGGCCAUUCUUUCUUUGGUUGUCUGUGCAAGUAAUAAACUAAAUCUGAAAAGGU